AUGACAAAUGAAAAGACAACGAAAAGUUGUGUCCAAGAAAUGCAAUCAAAAAUUGCUAAUCAUUGGACAGUCACACCCAAGUCAUGUUCUCCCGAGCAAUAUGAUGCAGAAGAAUGGCUUUUUACCUUCUAUCUUGGCAAAGAUCGAUACUACUCAACACAUUGUCUACGAUUCUCACGUUGGUACUUAUUCUUUGCUAGUUUUUUGGUUCAAUUCUGUAUUGGAUCAUUAUAUUCAUGGUCAGUUUUUAAUGAACCGAUUGACAUCCACGUAUUUGACAAUCCAAAAGCUGGUUUAGCUGUUAAUGCCUUUUACAUUGCUGUCGGCAUCUUUGGCUCAACAACAGCAAUUAUGGGACCAUGGAUUGAACGUAAUGGUCCUCGCUAUGGUGUAGUGCUUGGCACCUCGUCAUUUCUUCUUGGUCAUGUGAUUGUAUCGAUUGGUUUAGCAUACAAAAGUAUCGCUCCAGUUUAUAUAGGAUAUGGUUUAUUCUGUGGCUUUGGUAUGGGUCUUUGCUACAUUGCUCCAGUCUCAUCUCUACAAAAAUGGUUUCCUGACUACCGAGGUACAGCCUCAGGAUUCGCAGUUGCUGGUUAUGGUGCUGGAGCUGUGGUUUGGGCAAAAGUAUACCGUCCGUGUAUAGAAGCUGUUGGUGUGUCAUCGACGUUUCUGGCUGUCGGCUGUGCUAUGGCUGGUAUCAUGUACUUCUGUGCUAUUGUAAUGCGAACUCCUCAUCUCGAAUUUACAGUUGGUGGUCUUAAUAUUCACGGUGAAACUGUGGAUGAAUAUGUUACGUCGAUUGAGGAUGCUGAACUAAGCACAUCCAAGCAUCGUUACGACUCUGCAGCGUCAGAGAACGAUGUUGACUUUGCCAUCACCUCGAAUGCACAAGUACGCAAGAUGACAUUGAUCGAUGCCAUAAAGACUCCAGACUUUCUUUGUAUGUAUGUGAUGUUCUUUGCAAGUCAAAUUUAUGGACUGGUUGUGCUAUCAAAGCUUUCCAACAUGUGCACCGAUAUCUUUGGUCGAACUAGUGAUGAAGCUGCAAAUAUUGUAUCGAUUAAUGGUGUUUUUAAUUGUUUCGGGCGACUAUUCUUUUCGUUAGCAUCGGAUCUCGUUGCUCGAAACUUUAACAUCGAACAUGCUUUUGCUCGCAAGUGUGUCUUCUAUACGACUAUGAGUUUACAAGUGAUUAUUGUGGGUACGACUCCAGCGUUGAUUCGUAACAAUGAGUACACAGCGUUUGUUGUUGAAAUCUUUAUAUUAACAGCAAGUUACGGCGGUGGGUUUGGCACUAUUCCGGCUUUCCUGACUGAUAUGUUUGGUGCGUUUAAUAUUGGAGCAAUGCACGGACUGAUUUUGACGGCCUGGUCAAUUGGUGGUGUUGCGGGUGGCAUUACGUUUAACAAUGCCUAUAGUAGCCAGAUUGAAGCUGGUUUGACAAUUGGUGAGGCGUAUAUCGUUACUGUGAAUAAUAUUUUCAUCAUUAUCGUUGUUGGACUAUUCGCAUUGUUCUUGGUCCGUACGAACCCGGUGGACCGCUUUGGAUCUGGUUACCACUUUAGCAUAUUUGGUCGAAGAAUCAUCAGUAUAAAGAAAGCGGCAGAACCGUCGAAAAAAGAAUCAACGUUUGAGUUGAUGUAA